AUGCCUUUCAACAAAACUUACAAGCCAGUGUCUUUCCAGGACAGCAACCUGUUCAAAAGCAUUCAAAUCGGGGAUACCAAGGUAUUGAACCGUGCGGUGUUGGCGCCGCUCACGCGGUUGCGUGCGCGUGCGCCCGGCAAUGUGCCCAACGCGGAACUCGCGCCCGAGUACUAUGCGCAACGCGCUCAGGCGCCGGGAACCAUGCUCAUCACGGAGGGGACGUUCCCGUCGGCGCAGAGCGGCGGGUACCCUACUGCGCCCGGGAUUUGGUCGGAGGAACAAAUCGCGGUUUGGCGCCAGAUUUUUGACAAGAUCCACGAACGUAAAUCGUUUGUGUGGGUGCAAUUGUGGGUGUUGGGACGCAUGGCGGACCCCGAGACGCUUGCAAAGGAGUCUCUCAGGUACGACUCUGCGAGCGACGUCUACCCGGACGAGGAGUCUCGGUUGAAGGCGGAGAAGUUCAACAACAAACUGCACGGGAUCACGGUCAGCGAGAUCGACCAGUACAUUGCGGAUUUCGUCAAAGCCGCGAAAAAUGCGAUCCGCGCUGGUGCAGACGGUGUCGAGAUCCACAACGCCAACGGGUACUUGCUGAACCAGUUUUUGGACCCGAUUUCCAACAAGCGUACCGACGAGUACGGCGGCAGCAUCGAGAACAGAGCCCGGUUCACGCUGCGCGUAGUGGAUGCGCUGGUCGAAGCCGUGGGCGCCUCCAAGGUCGGGAUCCGGCUCUCGCCCUACGGGACCUACGGUGCCAUGUCCGGUGGCUCAGACCCCACACUUCUUGCGCAGUACGCGUACGUGAUCGGGGAACUGGAAAAACGGGCCCACACGGGCAAAAGACUUGCGUACUUGCAUUUGGUCGAGCCUCGUGUCACGACGCCGGCUCUAGCAGAGGGCGAAGGCUGGUUCAAAGAGGGCUCCAAUGAGUUUGCCACUACCAUCUGGAAGGGCCCCGUCAUCCGCGCGGGUAACUACGCCCUGGACCCGCAAGCUGCGCUACAAGAACUCGAUGCCAACGACAAUACGUUGAUCGCGUACGGCCGCUUCUUUAUUUCCAAUCCCGAUCUCGUCACCAGGCUCAGAGACGGGUUGCCUUUGAACCAGUACGAUCGUGACACUUUCUACGCCAGUACUGCCAAGGGUUACGUCGAUUAUCCUGAUUAUUCUGAGGCCAUCAAGUCUGAGGACAACUAA